CUCAAUUUUGAUCCCAAAAACAAAUUCCAAUUCAAGUUCCAUUUCAUUUCUGCAUUUCUCUCAACUUCCAAUUCAAACCCCCAAAUCUUCAUCAUUUUUCUUCAGAAAUUGAGACUCUUCUAGAGCAAUCAAUCUGGGGCUGGAAUAGGACGUGUUUCGCAGUAGGAAUCAUGAAUAUCUUCAGAUUGGCGGGGGACAUGACACAUUUGAUUAGUGUCUUAGUUCUCCUCCUCAAAAUCUACGCGACCAAAUCAUGCUCAGGAAUAUCAUUGAAGACACAGGAGUUAUAUGCUAUCGUGUUCUUGGCUCGGUAUCUGGAUUUGUUCAGUGACUUCAUAUCUCUUUACAACACUGUGAUGAAACUGGUUUUUAUUGGAAGCUCUUUGGCAAUUGUCUGGUGUAUGAGGUACCACCGGGUUGUCAGGCGCUCAUAUGACCGUGAGCUAGAUACUUUUCGUUACUGGAUUCUUGUUGGAGCGUGUUUCGCUUUGGCGCUUGUUCUUCAUGAGAAGUUUACCUUUCAGGAGCUGUUUUGGGCUUUCUCAAUAUACCUGGAGGCAGUUGCCAUUCUUCCCCAGUUGGUACUCUUGCAAAGAAGUGGAAACGUUGAUAAUCUGACUGGCCAAUAUGUGUUCUUCCUUGGGGCCUAUCGUGCAUUUUACAUCUUAAACUGGAUUUACCGCUAUUUGACAGAGCCGCGUUUCACUAGAUGGAUAUCUUGCGUCUCUGGUCUUGUCCAGACGGCCCUUUAUGCAGAUUUCUUUUAUUAUUACUUCAUCAGUUGGAAAAAUAAUGCCAAGCUUCAACUGCCAGCAUGAGGCAAAGACAAGAUAUGAUGAACAGUUUUAACAGCUAACUGGGACCUGGUUUCAUGCUGUGGCUUGCGGACAUAACUUUUGGCAUACUACUUUUCCUUGGACGUGAUGAUCAUACAAAGUUGGCCAUGGGUUUAAGUAUUUUACUGAGCUCCUACAUUGUUAGAUUCAGAUACAGUACCCUUGUUGAUAUGAUGGGAAUAUGUUGAUUAGAAAAUGUUGUCUGUAUUCCUGUCAAAUGUGAUUCAAACUUUCAAAGAUAUGAAGGUAUGACUAUUCAAUUAUUUGUGCUUCGUACAUGUAUGUUUGCAUAUCUUCUUCCU